GGUUGCCAAAGAUUGACUGAGUAUUCUACAGUAUUCUACCGAUACAGAAUCAUGCACAAUGACGCACAAAAAAGCUCAUGCCCAAAAAAUGCCUCCAAUUCUGAUAUGGAACGGUUAACAAUUGAAACUGGAAAUGGAGACGAAACAACGAGCAUGCUGAUAGGGAACGGCACUUUGAUUAUGGAAAGCUCAGAUAAGAAACCAAAACCUCGGUAUUUUCCAUUGUAUUCUGCUAGAUCUAUGCGAUUAUGGAUAUGUUUGCUUAUCACCACUGGCCUCUACUCGACUGUAUCGAUGAGGCUUAACUUGAGCAUGGCUCUUGUCUGCAUGGUAAAUUCAACUGCUUUUGCAUCGGAACCGCUCGGAAUCAACGAAACAUCCAAAUUAACUAGCUCGUCGAAGUGUGUGUCUGCUGCCACGGAUGUAGAGAGCAUUGCUCAAGCUGGAUAUACGGGUGACCUACUAUGGAGUCCAGCAAUGCAGUCUCUCCUACUGUCGGCAACAUUUUACGGUGGAUUAGUGACUAUCAGCUUCGCCGGUGUCUUAGCAGACAGAUAUGGUCCGAAAACAAUCGUAAUAGCAUUAACCAUAGACUACAUUGUUGUCACAUUGCUGACACCAUUCCUUGCUCGUCAUUCUUAUAUUGCGUACUUCAUUUCUCGAGUCAUUAUGGGUAUUGGAGAGGGUUUCGUCUUUCCUUGCUUUGCAAGCCUUAUUGGGAAAUGGUAUGCUCCAGCGGAGAAGUCAACGAUAGCAGCGAUGUACACUUCAGGAAAUCAGUUGGCGGCUGGAUUCUCUUCUCUGUUUUCUUCUUAUCUUUGCACUUUAUCACCCGGAUGGCCAAUCAUAUUCUACAUAUUUGGUGCAGUUGGCUGUCUUUGGCUGGUGUUAUGGAUGGUCUUUGUCACAAAUUCUCCUACGAACAACAAAUUUAUAACUAUGGAAGAGAGAGAUUAUUUGGUGGAAAAUAUCAAACAUACACAUUCUGCGAGUAACUUACCUGUGCCUUGGAAGCUAAUGCUGAGCUCCAAGCCCUUAGUCGCAGCCGUGUUCUGUCAGUUCACCUACAAUCUGCAGGCAUCUUUGCUCCAAGCUUUUCUACCCACCUUUUUUAAAGAGGAGUUGAUGUUACCACUCAGCGCAAAUGGUUUUUUCACAAUGAUACCUUUCAUAGCGCAACUGGUAUCAAAAAACGUAUUGGCAGUUCUUGCAGAUUAUCUCAAGAGAAACAACAUUAUUGGACAUACAAAGUGUGCCAAAGUCUUUCAGUCCAUUGGUUCAUUCGGUUCAGCAGCCACCCUUAUUGCUCUUGCAACGUUACCUAAUUGUGAACAUCCCUAUAUUGCGCUGCCACUACUAGGAUUGUACGGUACAGUUUUCUCUGCGGGUAUAUGCGGAUUUUUCACUUGCAUUUUAUGCAUAGCGCCAAAAUACUCGGGAUCGAUUACCUCGGUCUCGAUGAUAUUUGGGAUGCUGGGGAAUAUAUGUGGCCCUAUGCUGCUUGGUUUUACAUCGAAAGUGGGUUUUCACGACAAAUGGCUGGCCUCGUUCAUAAUUUGCAGUGGUUUCAACAUCGUCGCUGGAAUUGUUUUUCUCUUGUAUGGGUCAGCAAAAGUGCAAGAAUGGGCAUUAGUGGGAAAUGCUUCAACUCCAGCUUAAUCCAUGAGUACAACGCCAAUAACUACCUCUUUUUCUUCUUCGCAAUAUGAAGAAGCAAUCAAAGAGAUCUUUCUAGAACAUGUCGACCGAUCUUUAGAAUAACGUGAUUAUUUUUCUUUGAUAAUUAAAGAAAAAUCAGGGAAAAUAAAAC